CAUCACACAAACUGAAUUCUAGCAGCAAUCACUCAACAAAAAGAAGAAUAGUAGUGAGAGAAAGCUAGAGAGAGAGAGAGACAAAGAGAUGGGGAGAAUCGCAAGUGCUUUGUUGCUGCUGGUGUUAGCCCUGUGCUGUGCAGUGGCAAUGGUGAAGGGUUACAAUCAUCACGAGGGCGGUGAAGGAGGAGAGAGGAGAGGGAGGGAGAGGAUGUUCCUGUUGCGGGACAUGAAGCGGGUUGUGAGGACUGAAGCAGGGGAAAUGAAAGUGGUGAGGAGCACUCACGGGUGGAUUUCGGACUGGCCAAAUAUUCAUGUUGGGUUUGUCACAAUGGAGCCCAAUUCCCUCUUCAUCCCUCAGUACCUCGACUCCGACCUCAUCCUCUUUAUCCGCAGAGGCGAAGCAAGGGUUGGAUCAAUCUACAGGGAUGAGCUGAUUGAGAAGAGAUUGAAUUGCGGAGAUGUGUAUAGAAUUCCAGCUGGUUCUACAUUCUAUUUGGUUAACACUGCCGAUGGCCAACAGCUUCAUGUCAUUUGUAGCAUUGAAAAAUCUGAUAGCAUUGGAUGGGGCACCUUCCAGUCUUUCUUCAUUGGUGGAGGCUCGAAUCCAACAUCUAUACUUGCUGGUUUCGAACGCUCAACCCUUUCUACCGCACUUAACGUCUCAAAAUCGCAAGUGAGUCAAAUCAUGACCAGCCAAAAAUCUGGCCCGAUCAUAUCCUUGUCAAACUCUCACUCGGACUCGCACCCAUCAAGAGUUUGGACCCAAUUCUUGGAAAUGAAGCAUAACGAAAGAGUGCAAUGUUUGAAGCGAAUGGUGCAAGUCCAUGAAGAAGCAACCGAGCAAGAUGAAGAACCAAUUAUGUGGUCGUUUAAGAAGCUUUUGGGCUCCGUUUUUGGAAACCAAGUGAGUGGAAAAGACGAAGGGAGAAGCAGCAAGCCAGACUCAUACAACCUCUUUGACAGGAAGCCCGACUUUGAAAACGACUACGGGUCUAGCGUUGUUGUUGAUCAGUCUGUUUAUUCGCCUCUCCGGCAAUCCGGUGUUGGCCUUUAUCUUGUCAAUCUCACUGCGGGAUCAAUGAUGGCACCGCAUCUCAACCCAACAGCCACAGAGUACGGCAUUGUUUUGAGAGGAAGUGGCAGAAUCCAAAUAGUAUUUCCCAACGGAACCUUAGCCAUGAAUGCUAAAGUGAGCGAAGGCGACGUGUUCUGGAUUCCCCGGUACUUUCCAUUCUGCCAGAUCGCGUCUCACUCCGGCCCAUUCGAGUUCUUUGGGUUCACCACCUCAGCCCGCAGAAACCGGCCUCAGUUCUUGGUGGGUUCCAACUCUGUCCUACAAAGCAUGAAGGGUCCCGCCUUGGCGGCUGCCUUUGGUGUGAGCGAGGAGAGGCUCGAGAGAAUCGUGAAUGCUCAGAGUGAAUCUACCAUCCUGCCCUCGGGAUCUUCGGAGGAGGAGAAAGUGAAGAAUGAGAGGAUUCCCGCGGAGGCAAUCUGGAGCUUUGGUUUUUUGAGUAAUAAGUAGGAGUUGUUUUUUGGACACGUCUUUCUAUGCCUUCAAUUUUGUUUUCGUUUUCGUUGUUUUUGGUUUUCUUCCUCGCGGAUUUGGCUUUGUUUUGUUCAAUGCCCUUGAGGAUUGAGAGUUGUGAAUAAGAUGCCGUUUCUCAUUUCUUCCCUG